CUGAACUUUUUACUUUUUAUUGGGGACGGACUUGGCCGAUGAAUACAAGUACUCGUAGGUAGAUUUUGAUCAUUUUCCUAAGCAGCCGAGGCAGAUUAUUUCAAUCGGGAAAGCUAUUUCAUUUCUAACGGGGUACCUACCUACUUCUGGCACAAUGUAGCGAAUGGAAUGACCUGCAAAGCGGAAACCAGAUAUAGAACAACGAGUCAAACAGGAGAAGCUGAGAGUUGCUCACGAUUUUAUCAGCUACAUCAUCAGGCAACAAAGGUAUCCUAGAUGUCAGACAAUGGAUUCAAUUCACUUGAAACGCUUGUUCUCGACGCGAUCAAAACGAUCUGAUAAGAUUAGGGAGUUGUGCCAAGCUAAACAUUUUUGAUAUCACCUGGUUGGAACAUCCCUCUUCGAUCGAACCUGAAAUCAAAAAUCUGCCCAAAUUUUACCAAAACACCAACUCAGCUCGGAGACAACUGAUAGAUUCCAACCAGACCCAAUUUCCAAAACUUCACCAUCCUUCUGUCCAGCCUGGCCCAAUCAAGGUGGAUUGGAAGCUGCACUGGACACGUGACAAGUUUCAUCUCCAGAACCUCCCUCGAAGGACUGCCAUUCCAAAGGAGACCGCCUCGGAGACUUGCACUUAGAAUGAGCAAAUUCUACUUCGGCGGUGCCUCCGGCUCUGUCUCCUCAGACGACGAAGACAACCUCCCAUACCCUGAGGCUCUCCCCCGCAGCGACUUCCUCGCACCCACCUUCUCCGCCCCAGCCUACCUCUCCACGCUCUCAGACCGGCACCAAACACUCGAAGACCUGCGUUCCGACCUACGAGAACGCUCACAAGCUCUGUCCAAAGAACUCCUUGACCUUGUCAACACCAAUUACGAGCAGUUUCUCAGCUUGGGCUCGGAUCUCAAGGGUGGUGAGGAGAAGGUCGAGGAUGUUAGGGUGGGACUAUUGGGGUUUAAGAGGGGUGUUGAGGAUGUUAGGGGGAAGGUUAGAGAGAGGAGGGGGGAGGUAGAGGGGUUGUUGAGAGAGAAGGGGGAAGUUAGUAGGGAGAUUGCUCUGGGAAGGAAGUUGUUGGAGGUGGAUGAGAGGUUGGAGGAAUUGGAAGAUAGGCUGAUGGUCGCGUCUCUUGGGAAGACGGUCGAUGGGAGUCAGGAGGACUCGUGGAGUGAUAGUGAGGAUGAGGAUGAAGAGGAUGAUGAGCUGGCUUUGGAUGGUGCUGUUGGUGGGACCAGUACCAAGAAGUUGCAACGGCUUGUAGUUGAUUGUCGACGAGUCGAAGCACUGGCGGAGAAUAUUGGAGAAGAACAUCCAUUUAUUGUUGCUCAGCAGUCGAGGAUUAUCAGGGUUAGGAACACAAUUCUCCUGGAUCUCAGCACAGCUUUGAAGCAGACCGCAGUUAUGGGCGAGAGUGGAAAGACGAGGUUGAUCAAGAUCUUGAGCAUUUACCGAGAGUUCGAGGCAAACGCAGAGGCGGUGAAGGUAUUAAAGCACUUGAAAUCAAGGUAG